GGUCCUCGCUGGGAUCUGAACCAGACCAGCUGGACUUCAGCUGCUUAAACUCCAGGAAGAACUUCGGGGGGAUAAGUUGGGGAGAUCAGCGUAGCGAGGCAGCCACAGCUCUCCGAGUCCAGCGUGUAAGCUGCAUGCUCCAGGCGGCCCCCUGUGGUCCUGGGAGCUCCAGCCGCGCGGGUCUCCUGGAGGAUGGGGCGAGCCCUCCUCAGCCCCGCGGCUUGCAGGGCGGUACAGGGCCUUCCUGGGUCCCUGUCUGUCUGGAAGUCACUAGGUGGGAGGCCACCUGGAUGCCCCCACCAGCUGCUUGGCCCUGGCAAGCCCUUGGCUGCCUCCCGUGUCUCCAUCUGCUUUUGGGCAGAACCCCAACGUCAGAGGCUUUGGGGAAGAGCAGGGGAGGGGAGCGGAAGCGGGGCGGUGCGCCGUCGGGGCCGGGCGGGCAGCCCAUUCUGUUCACAUGGAGCUGGGUUUCCCUGGGGACCGGUGGCCUGCCCCCAGCCCCGCCCCCGGCCCUCCUGGCCUCGGCGCGCUGGGGGAGGGGUGGACGCCGGGCCGCCUCCUGGACCCCUGCCCCUGGCCCUGCCUUCCCGGACGGGCGGCCUCGGUCCACUCUGGCGCCGGGACGGGAGGCAACAGCUGCCCUUGGAAGAGCCUCAUCGAAGCCCUGGUUCCGAAGCUGCCGGAGGCAGCUCCCACUGGGAUGGCGGUGCCAGCAUCUCUGAGAGCCGCAGGGGGCCCAGCAACCCAGGGGGCACCCUAGGCCUCCCGCAGCCGCCACUCAGCGCGCCCUCCCGCCCCACAGGCCCCACGCCAUGGGCGGCUGCUUCUCCAAGCCCAAGCCAGUGGAGCUCAAGAUCGAGGUGGUGCUGCCCGAGAAGGACCGGGGCAAGGAGGAGCUGUCCACCAGCGGCAAGGGAAGCCCCCGGGCCUACCAAGGCAACGGCGCCGCCCGCCACUUCCACACGGACGAGCGCCUGCCCGCCCCCCACCCCUACCCUGGUGCCCAGGACUGCGUGGAGGCCGCUGUCUGCCAUGUCAAGGACCUGGAGAACGGCCAGAUGCGGGAGGUGGAGCUGGGCUGGGGGAAGGUGCUGCUGGUGAAGGACGGGGAGCUCCACGCCCUGGGCCACAAAUGUCCGCACUACGGCGCACCCCUGGUGAAAGGAGUGCUGUCCCGUGGCCGGGUCCGCUGCCCCUGGCACGGCGCCUGCUUCAACGUCAGCACCGGGGACCUGGAGGACUUCCCGGGCCUGGACAGUCUGCACAAGUUCCAGGUGAAGAUCGAGAAGGAGAAGGUAUACAUCCGGGCCAGCAAGCAGGCCUUGCAGCUGCAGCGAAGGACCAAGGUGAUGGCCGCAUGCAUCUCGCCAAGCGCCGGCCACAGCGGCAGCACCAACGUGCUGAUCGUGGGCGCAGGGGCAGCCGGCCUGGUGUGCGCGGAGACGCUGCGGCAGGAGGGCUUUUCAGACCGGAUCGUGCUGUGCACGCUGGACCGCCACCUUCCCUAUGACCGGCCCAAGCUCAGCAA